UUUAUAUCACACAGAACAUGUCACUGAAUCGUGUCUCAGGGAUCCGUAAUGGAGAGCUAAGGGAAUUGGCAAAGAAGUCCAGUUCGUCGGAAAUGAUGCCGUUACUCGUCAAGAAAUCAAGCAGAAGCCGUUGCUUCCAUUUGCGCUACAUGGAGCUGUGCCGUGCCAAAAAUUGGACACCCUCGCCGGAGAUCCAAAAAAAGUCAAAUGACAAAACCAAGCUGGAGCUCUUCGCGGACAAGCUGGCUGUCAACGACUGGAUGAUGGUCAUCGAGGCGCUGCAACAUGACAUCGUUCUACAGAGCCUUGUGUUGCGCAUGCGCCGCUCCUAUCCAAAGAGCACCAUUGAGCCCAUCGACACGGAGAGUCGGGCGAGACUGUUUCGACAGCGUCCCGUGGUAUUCACACGAUUCAUUUUUCGCUGCCUCGUCCAUUCCAUUGCCAAUUCUGUGUCCACCAACAAGAAUCUCACGGUGCUCAAGCUGGAGGGUCUGCCCCUAUAUAAUGGCUACAUCGAGUCCAUUGCCAAUGCGCUAGGCGCCAACGAGAACCUGGAGACCUUGAGCUUUCGCAGUUCCAACAUUGGCGACAGGGGGUGCGAGAUUAUAUGCAGCACGGCCAAGUACCUCAAUCGGAUUGCAUACGUUGAUCUCUCCGACUGCAACAUCAGCGCAAAGGGAGCCGCUCACGUGGCUGAUAUGAUUAAGAUGCAGAAGAUAUCCCAAUUCACAGAGGGAUGGGAAAAGUCUCUGCGCUACCAGGAUGUCGAUCUUAGUUCCAUCUCGGGGCUGCGCACGGUAAUGCUAGCAAACAAUCCGCUGAUCGGUGACCAGGGCCUGCGAUGCAUUACCGAAGUACUGAAGGAGGAUGCUUGGAUAAGGGUUAUCGACAUGCAGUGCUGUGGCCUGACUGACUUUGGAGCCAAACUCAUACAGAUCUGCCUGGACUGGAACACUGUCAUUCAGGAGUUCAAUGUGAAGCACAACCAGGGCAUCAGCCCCUUCAUGCAGCGCAGCAUUCGCGAGCAACUGGGCAUACCGCAGUUCAAGAGGAAGGAGCCGGAGUAUGAUCUGACGGAGUUUGUGAGCAUCUCCAAGGAGCUGCAGAGCCUGCCCAAGGGCCAGAAGUUUUCCUUAAGUUUUCUACUGGCACACAUCAAGGGGCUUGAGCAUGAGCUCUCCUUCGAGCGAAUUGUACGCAAGAAGGCGGAAAAGCUAACGGUGAAACUCAGCAGUCAAAUAAUGAGUGAAGGUCAGAUGUCAUCUGAAGACUUCUUGGAAACAUCCCUCGUAACAUCCCACAUGCCCGACGAGUGUUCGGAAAUGCAGGAACAUCUCAUAGAAUCGCCAACGUAUCGACAGGCGCUGUUCGGCAAGCUAAUCAACAGUGCCGUCCCAACACCCGAAUCUACGCCGCGCAGCGACUUGUCGACGAUGCGAAAUGAGACGCAGGAGCAGCCAUACUUCAGCCAACUGGAAGAGGAACAAACGGAGGAGGAAUCCGUGGAAUCCGUGGAGUCCGUGGAGGUCAGCAUUUGCGAGGAAGAGCAGGAGGCAACGCCACGGCUGGUCACACCGAUCCGCAAGGUGCGCAGUGAGAUGAAGUACGUGGAGAAAAACGUACAAGAUGCCAACAAGAAAAACGAAUCAAAGUCGGAUCACGAGUUCGCCAACGAGCGAUACUUUAAUCUGAAAACGACGGAGCGAUUCGAGCAAGACAUAGGGGACAGUGUCCAGGUGAGCGCGAAUCAGCAAGGGCAGGACCAUCACGAAGGAGGUGGCGAUGGCAGCCUAACAAUCAGGAACGACAGCGAGGUGAAGGCGUUGCGUGAUGCCGAGCAGAAAAACCUCAACAAGAAUAGACAGGCUGGGGAUAACGCCAGCAACUGGAACUUCAAUUUUAGCACACUCUUGGCCAGUAAUCACUUGGAACGCAAAUCAACGCAACUGUCCCAAUCGGAGUCCGAAUUUUUUGCUUCAUAUGAGAAGAAUAUGAAUGAAGCACGCGAGAAAAUGGAAACGCUCAUGGGACUGCGUACACCUUCAGUGUCCUCAGAGACGUCGGGCUCUGCCUCCGCCUCCGGAUCGGAGCGGGAUUUAAAAAGUUUUAUCAAAACGCGCGUUGAUCACCGUAGCAAGGCGUCCUUCGAGCGUCGCAAAUGCCCCGUCAUAGACUUGAAUGAAAUGAAACUAUUGUCGCCGCAUACUGCCUACAUGAUGUUGAAGAAAAAGAAUCAAGAGGCACGCUCUUCGCGCAGCUCAGCGUCCGAACAAUAGCAAUGUUUACUUCAAAUUGCCUCGAAAGAGUAAAAUUUACAGUUUUACAUGAAUAGCAGCCAGAGGGCCUCCAGAGCACUUGCCUCCGCCACGAAAUGAUUAUUGAAUUUGUUGAACAGACUCUGUUUUAAUUAAAGAUUUGCAAUUUGUGAUGACUA